AUGCUAGAGCAUUACACGGCCGUCCUCGCUUCUCGGGUCAAGAUUUCCCCUCUAAACCUAGCUCGCUGGGCUGGGAGGAGUGUUUGAGUGAUCUCACAGUGACGGCCGCAGGAAAAGCACUUUUUUCGCAGUGAAUCCUCUUCUUCCCUCCUCUUCUCAAUUCUCAUGGCGUCCCAAGGUCGUAGAGGUGGAGCAUCGCUCCCCGAUAGGCCCACUAGGAAUCAACCCACCGGUAUCAUCUCCAAGCUUUCACAGUCCCCUCUCGUCUCCAAGGGCAAGGAGGUUGCCGGGACCGCUUUCGUCACCAAGAAGCUCCUCAAGAGCACCGGUAAGGCCGCGUGGAUCGCUGGCACCACCUUCCUCAUUCUUGUCGUUCCACUGAUUAUCGAGAUGGACCGCGAGCAGCAGUUGAACGAGCUCGAGCUCCAGCAGGCCAGCCUCCUCGGUACUCCCACUUCCAUGGGUCCACCGCCUCAGAAGUGAAUGAACCGUUUAGGUUAGAUUAAUUCUUCGGUUCGGUUUUCUCUGGGAAUGUUUUAAUCUGUAUCAGUUAGGUUUGAUCCAGGGGGAAGCAUUCGGAGAAUGAUUGCUGAUUCACUUUAUAUCGAGAUUGAAACAAUAUAAUUCUAUGGUUUUGGAUUGCAAUAACCUUACAAUUGUAGCUUUAGAAUCCAUGAGUAUUCUAGUGCAAAUUUUACAUCCCAUUA